AACACACGGCCCAGAGGACAAAGAGGCCUCGAGGCUCGCCACAGCCACGCACCCACCCGCGCGCCUCUGCUCAGCUCCUCCCCUCCCCGACUCCCCGUUGACCCACCAACGAACCCUGCUUCUCCUCCGCCGCCGGCCCGCCAUGUCCGAUAGCGCCCACCGCGAGAAAUCCUGCUGCGGCAGCCUGUUCACCUUCCUCGUCGCCGCCGGCUUCGUCAUCCUCAUCUACUGGGCCAUCUUCCAGCCGCACCACAUCCGCGCGACGGUCAGCUCCGCCACGCUCGCCAACCUCACAGUGGCCCCCGACAACGCCACCGUCUCCUACCGCCUCACCGUCGGGCUCGAGCUCUACAACCCCAGCCUCCGCGUGCCCAUCUACUACGACGCCCUCGACGCCGAGCUCCGCGCCGGCGGCGGCGGGGCCUCCCUCCGCGGCCCCGCUGCCCGCGUCGCCUCCUCGCCGGCGGAGUUCCUGCAGCGCAGGAAGAGCGCCGACACGGUGAGGCUGGAGUUCGACGGGAGCAGCGGCGUCGGCGUCCCCGGCGACGUCGCCGGGGAGCUGGCGAGGGAGGCGGCCGCCGGGGUCGUGAGCUUUGAGGUGGACGUGGAUGCGCGGGUGCGCUACAGGUUCGCCAGCAUCAAGAUCCGCCAGAAGCCGAGGAUUUGGUGCUGGCUGACGGUUCUGGUCAAGCCGGAGGGUGGCGUCGGUUUCGGCGGCGCUCUGGCCUCCGGCGACCGCUGUAGCGUCAAGUACUGAUGAAGUUUCUUGGGCGGUUCUCUGACUCUGGCAGUCUGGCUGGAGUCAUCUUGUUUGGAGAUCCCUCGGUGUCCCGGUUUGAUGUUGGUUUCAUUUUUGCAAAUAUUCGUAUUGUUCGUGUGAUGUGUAUCAACAUUUCUGUAGGAUUGUUUGACUAUCAUUGAAUAUUGAUUGCAUUCUUGGGGGUAAA